AACUUCACACCGUUACCGUUUUGGGAUUUGGGCUAGCAGUCAGCUAUCACGUCUAUCUCUAUUUGUAAUGUUUGGAAAUAUCUUGGAUCCCUAGAAAACGAUUUGACGUUCAAAAUGGCCGAGGCAGUCGUUGAAGACCCCAACCGAUUUUUCUGCCAUAAAUGUAGUUGUGAAAUUGGUAGCGUUUUACCGGAUUAUACAUGUCCUCGAUGUUGCUCUGGAUUCAUUGAGGCCCUUGAUGGAUCUUCACCUGCAGGAGACCAAGCUGAUGAUAGUGACGAUGAGUUUGAUGUGGUCCAACCAUGGGAGAUACUCCAAGAUGUUUUUCUCAUGGGGAUGAAUGGAGAACCAUCCUUGGAGAACCGAAGACGGCGUCGAGGUAGAGAUGGAGAAAGACGAACUAGAAGGAACACCAGACCUCGACAUGCUUUUGAAAAUCUUAUGCACCUCUUUGUGAUGAAUUUGAAUGGUGACAUGGGUACUCAUGGCAAUCUGCAAGUAGGCCGUGGUGGAGCUUUUAGUCCUGAGUUUUUGGUGGGUAAUCCUGGAGAUUAUGCGUGGGGACGAGAGAACUUUGAUGCGAUUGUUACUCAGCUAUUGAACCAGAUUGAAUCCACUGGACCACCACCUCUAGCCAAGGAAAAAAUUUCAGAGAUUCCUGUGGUUUAUAUUUCACAGGAACAAGUUGACACAUCACUUCAGUGUUCAGUCUGUUGGGAAAAUUUCAAAUUGGAUGAGCCUGUUCGUCAACUGGUUUGCACCCAUGUUUAUCAUGAGGGUUGCAUAAUUCCCUGGCUCGAAUUGCAUGGUACAUGCCCAGUCUGCAGGAAACCCCUUAGCUCAGAGGCAGAGCAGGCCACAACAGAAGACACUGGCAGAAGGUCAGAGACCCUUAGGAACCUUGCUGCUCACUUCCCUGCUGUAUCACAAAGUCGGGCAGAUCAGCUACGUCACAUAAAUCAGCAAUUUGAUAACAUACGGUCCAGGCUAGGCAACAUGUCGGGUUCGAGUGGGCAGCCCUCCUCAAUGGGUCAAGCAAUGAAUGAGGUUGCGGCAGCCCUAGCAGGCCCCGCUGGUAGCACUUCAACAGAUGUGAGUGGUACAAACAGUCAAGCUCCACACAUGGAUGAUCUCGAUGUGGAUUAGGUAAAGAUUAUCAAUUUGUAUCACUAAUGUGUCCCACAGACGACCAGAGUUAUGGAUUGUUGUAAAAAAAUUUCUUUUGGCACCAACUUUGUGAAAUUUUUAAGCUCAGAUUGUAAGUCACAACAAAGCACAAUAGUUGUUUCAAAGCGUGUAAUUUAAUGGAAACAGUGUUGUUGCCUAUUGUCUUGUACUCUGCUGGUCAGACUAUAUGUAAACAGGUUGAUUUUUUGUUUCCAGUAAGUUCAAUUGCUGUCAGGAAGAGCAUAUAUCUUCUUGAUAUGGUUUUCUAGAUAAAAUUCUUUUCAACACUUUCUAAUUUUGGUUUCAUGUUUUGAGAAAUGAGGAAAGUUUGUAAUGAAACUUCCUAAAUUACUUAUUCCUAGGGUUUGCAUUAUUGUGAUUCAGUUUGAAUUGCUUUAUAACAGAAUUGACAGAUGUAUAUAUGCCUCAAGUCAAGAUAAAUAUUGUAACUUACUCAUAAUCAAAGGGUGAAAUGUGUUUAUUUUACCCAAAUGAUUGACUACCUAUUUUAGUGCUGAAAAGCUUGUCUUCUGAAAAGACAAUGUCAGCUGGCGGCUAGCCUGUUGGUGGUGAUAAAUUAUUGAGUUUUCAUUGCAAUUACAUUUUUGCACUGGAAUGGUUUGAUGAUGUGAUUGUAUUGUCAUUUUUAUGUUAUUUUGUAGUUUGCCGUGUCCAGACUUGUAAACUAUGCUGGUCUGUUGUUUGUAAUAAUAGGCCAUGUUUCACUUUUAUAUUUUGAGUGAAUCAUCCAUUAAAGACCAUUUGCUGGCACUUCAGAUCACUUUUGACUACAUGAAGAAAGACUUCUUCUUAUGGCACUACUUGAUCUUUUCUUGCUGUUGGAUUAUUCCUGUAGAUGUGAAAAUCACUUUUAUAUUUUGAUUGGACGAUAUGAGAAAACACGUUUGUGAUCAAAAUUAUUGUAAUAGUGAUAUUUGACCCUGAAAAUGUGCAUGGAAAUUGAAGAGCUGAAAUGUUUCUGUAUCUAAUCUAAUUCCAUUCCAUUUUCCAUUUAUAGGUACUUUUCUUCCUGUUCUGUAAUUAUCUUAAAUGUGGUCUCUGCAUUUUGUCUUUUUACAAGAACAGAACUGUAGCAUUAUGAAUCAAUAUGAAUGUUAGUAAUUAUCAUAAAUUGAUGGCCUAUUGAUUUCAUGCAAAAGUUGCUGUUAUCUGCAAAGUUGUACCCCAAGAAUGUUCCUCUGGAUGGAUUUUGUGAGAAAAAGAAGUUGGGUUUUCAUGCUGGUACUCGUUCUUUUAUAUUUUUUUUGUUCUUCUCUAUUUUAUAAAAGAAGUUCAGUUUCAAUACUGGGAAUCAUUCUUUUACGUUCCUGUUUUUUUUUUUUAAUUUAAUUUGGGUGUUGAAAGAAAAUUGAAACCUUCAUUUGAAAACUUGUGCAGACUGAGUUCAUUUGUAUUAAUAAUAAUAAAUUUAAAGUACUGGAAUGUGAUAUGCAAGAGGACCUGAAUCUGAAGGCUUGGGAGGAAAGUAGCUUUAGGUUUUGUGUGCUUUUCUGUCACUACAGACAGUAAACUUAAUUUAUUUGUUGGUGUUCUUGUCUACUUGUCUAGCAACAACAGUCCGCUCAUUCAGACAUCCUGAAAGUUGGUUUCCCUUUGCUUGAAGGAUUCUUAUUCAGUCAGAAACCCGAUGUGCAGACUGUUGUUGGUGGUUGACGUUAAAGUUUGUCUCACUUGCAUUAUGAAAAAAAGUCUUGAUAUUGAAAAAAAAAUUACCCCUGAUGAUGAUUAAAGCGGUCUGCUAACCAA